CGGAGUCCGCUCGGCGCGAGCGCGGGGACGCGGGAGCUGCGCGGGAUCGGAGCAGCCUUCCGGAGCAGCCGCCAGGCUCAGUCCCGCUCCUGGCCCCGCCGCGCAGCCUACGGACCUGCUAUGGCCACGUCUAUACUCGGGGAAGAGCCGCGCUUCGGAACAACCCCGUUGGCCAUGCUGGCGGCGACCUGCAACAAGAUCGGCAACACGAGCCCGCUGACGACGCUGCCAGAGUCGAGCGCCUUCGCCAAGGGCGGCUUCCACCCCUGGAAGCGCUCCUCGUCCAGCUGCAACCUCGGCUCCAGCCUCUCGGGCUUCGCCGUGGCCACCGGUGGCCGCGGCUCCGGCGGCCUGGCGGGCGGCUCGGGCGCAGCCAACAGCGCCUUCUGCCUGGCCUCCACGUCCCCCACGUCGUCCGCUUUCAGCAGCGACUACGGCGGCCUCUUUUCCAACUCGGCGGCCGCCGCGGCGGCGGCGGCCGGAGUGUCCCCGCAGGAGGCGGGCGGCCAGUCGGCCUUCAUCUCCAAGGUGCACACGACGGCGGCCGACGGCCUGUACCCGCGCGUGGGCAUGGCGCACCCGUACGAGUCGUGGUACAAGUCAGGCUUCCACUCGACGCUGGCGGCGGGCGAGGUGACCAACGGCGCGGCGUCGUCGUGGUGGGACGUGCACAGCAGCCCGGGCUCGUGGCUGGAGGUGCAGAACCCCGCUGGGGGGCUCCAGAGCUCGCUGCACUCGGGCGCCCCCCAGGCCUCGCUGCACUCGCAGCUCGGCACCUACAACCCCGACUUCAGCUCGCUCACGCACUCGGCCUUCAGCUCCACGGGCCUCGGCUCCUCGGCCGCCGCCGCCUCGCACUUGCUCUCUACCAGCCAGCACCUGCUGGCUCAGGACGGCUUCAAGCCGGUGCUGCCCUCCUACUCGGACUCCAGCGCCGCGGUGGCGGCUGCUGCCGCCAGCGCCAUGAUCUCGGGCGCCGCGGCCGCCGCCGCCGGGGGGAGCUCGGCGCGCUCAGCCCGCCGCUAUUCCGGCCGCGCCACCUGCGACUGCCCCAACUGCCAGGAGGCGGAGCGGCUGGGCCCGGCCGGGGCGAGCCUGCGGCGCAAGGGCCUGCACAGCUGCCACAUCCCGGGCUGCGGCAAGGUGUACGGCAAGACGUCGCACCUGAAAGCGCACCUGCGCUGGCACACGGGCGAACGGCCCUUCGUGUGCAACUGGCUCUUCUGCGGCAAGCGCUUCACGCGCUCGGACGAGCUGCAGCGGCACCUGCGGACUCACACGGGCGAGAAGCGCUUCGCCUGUCCGGUGUGCAACAAGCGCUUCAUGCGCAGCGACCACCUGAGCAAACACAUUAAGACGCACAACGGGGGUGGCGGGGGCAAAAAGGGCAGCGACAGUGACACGGACGCCAGCAACCUGGAGACGCCCCGCUCCGAGUCCCCUGACCUCAUCCUGCACGACUCCGGCGUCAGUGCCGCCCGGGCUGCGGCUGCGGCGGCGGCUGCAGCGGCGGCGGCGGCGGCGGCGGCGGCCUCGGCGGGAGGCAAGGAAGCCGCGUCUGGCCCCAACGACUCUUAGAGGCCGGGCGAGAGGUGCGAGCGAGCGAGUAGAGACACCGAGAGCGAGCGAGAGGUUCGGAGGGCCAGCGAGCGGGGCACGGACGGGUGGGGGCUCCAGUGACGUCCCCGGGCCAGCACGAAGUGCAGCAGCACCCGGCUGCCCGGCCGCUGCUCGCCGGCCAAGCCAGGAGCUCCCCUCUGCUAUCGCAGCCCAGACGAGAAUCGAACUCGUGAUCCUGGAACAAAAGCAAACCACCCUCCGACACAAACAACACUAAAAAACUGCACACAGACAGACAUGAGCACACACCGGAGACCUACAGCCACAAGCACGCACAUUCGCGCGCGCGCGCGCACGCACACACGCACACACACAACACUCGCACAAACUUCUCGAGCGAAGAGCAAUACACAGAAACACUCCCACCUCCCUCAUCGCCCCCCCCCACUACCCUCCUCUUUCCUUUUCUCAAAAAACAAGCCACCACUCUGCAAAGGACUGUCAGAAUAUUUGAAAACAAACGGGACCUAUAAAAACAGACCCUUUGUGUGGAUUAUAUUAUAUAUAAAAUGCUCCAAGUCCUGCUUGAUAUCUACUUACAAUGAGACUUUUUUCCUAAAAAGGAAGCAUCAAAAAAGGCUUAAGGUGAGAAAUUAAACUGGAAGUCUAGUGACAGUUUCUCUGUAUUUCAUAACAUCUGUAUAAAUAGGGUUCAAAAGAUUGUGUUCUUUUUUAUUUUCUUGUAAAUGUUCAUUCGAAUAGAGGGUUUUUUUUUUUUUUUGGUGAAUUCCUGAAAUUCAGGGAGUUUUUUUUUUUUAAUUUUCUGAUGCACUUUGUGAAAGUCAGUAUAUAUGUAAAAGAUAUUUAAGAUGUUGAGUUAUCAUUUCACUCACAAACACGUAAGUUAAGGUCAUCUAAAGAAAUUAAAUGCGUUUAUCUGUAUGAAGAAAAUCUUGACAUCAUAUUUUCAUUUUGGUAUUAUUAAAGGACUCUGAACAAUACACUUCCUUUUUUUUUAAUCCUGUUCCCCUGUCAAUAUCCUUUAUGUGGGUCGACUUUUUUUUGUUGGGAAAAAAAUUCCUUUAAUGUUAGUUUUAGGUAAUGUAAGGUUUAUGUGAGUUAUAAAAGCCAUAAUACAUAUACGUUUUUGAGAAGUCAAAAUUAUUUAUUUGUAUAUCAAUAGUGUAAAUUAAAUUGGGUUAUAAGAAUGUGUAGUUGUAUUACUUAAUGAGAGAGCUCUCAAAAGGUGACAUUUUAAAACUCUAGGAGCGCCUAAAAUAAAACCAAGAUCCUUGGCAGCUUUAACUGGGUAGGUGCCUACACCUCCCGGGAGGGGUCAGACAAAACUCCAGUGGGUUUGUUUGUUUUUAAGAAGCGAUUUAAAAACAAUCUGUGAAAGGAAAAAGCUUUUUAAAAGAAGUCUUUUAGCUCCCAAGGCCCUCUACGUUGGGAGGUGACUCAGGGGAAUAAAUCGCUAGAGUCAAUACCCCGGAAAAGACAUUUCAUGCCUAAAUGAAAAUCUUGUUAAAUGUUAUUAAUUUUGACUUAGAGCACACAGCAGCCCCCUGUGCCUUGUAUUCCCUUAUUAGGGAUUCAUGUCUUAUCAAAUAUCUAAUUAAUCUCCUAGACAUCAUUUGUUCUGGCCAACUUUAUCUCAGCUGGUCCACGGGGAAAACUCCAAAUAUUCUCCGUGACAAAGCUCCCUUGAAGAUCUUUUUAAUUGUCUAAAUUAACUGCACCAAAUUUGCAUGUCAAACGGUAAAGGGCAACCUGAGAUAAAAUGUAAACGUUUUAAAAGCCCCCAAACUAAGCACUUGAUUUGAUAACUAGGCUUUUUAAUGUUAUGGAAGACAACUGCUCCUUUCCUUUUCAAAGACGGCUGAUCUAUGCAAAUACUGAAUUGGAAAUGCCUAGGUCCCCGCGCCGUCAAAUGGCCCUCGCAGGUUAUUUGAAUAUCAGUGGCGCUGCUUCUGAAAAGGUUCAAGGAUGCUCUCUGACUUCUUUGUGAUUACUCAGUGCGGCGUCUUAUUCUGAAGAAAAAAAACUCAGGAAUAAUUAAAGGCUGGGAUCAGGCCUGGGAACACAUUUGGGACAGGAAUCUCAUUUAGACAGUCUCUUUCAAAAUAAGGCACAGUUAAAUUGACCAGAAGGCAAUUAUUGAAAUGAAAAUUAUUUUCACUCUCUUUGUCUCCUGACCACCAACUUAACAGCCCCAGUUUAAAAGAGAGGGAGAAGAGAGGGAGAGACGAAAAAGAAAAUUGUUAAAUGAGAUAAUUUCGCAAUUCGAAAAUGUUAAUUUAGAAAAUAAAGUACAUAUUUACAGAAUAAAAAUAUUUCGAAAAGGCUCCCCCACACAAUAGGAAACAAAGUCAG